AUGACGGAAAAUAACGUUACAACUUCAAAUAAUGAAAUUCCAUCUGUUAUGCGAGCGGCUCAGCAGAUAAACUAUGGAAAUGUUCGCGAUGUCUUAAAACUUGACGACAAUGUCUCCGUUCCUCGAGAAUUGACUUCCAAGCAAGUUCUUGUUCGUGUUUAUGCUGCAUCAAUUAAUCCUGCUGAUUGUAAACUGUUAUACGGCGACGUAUCGUUUGCUAUUCGAUAUUCAUUUCCUCAUAUUCCGGGCGGUGACGUAGCUGGUGUCGUUGUCGAUGUUGGUUCCGCUGUCGAACGUGUUCGCAUAGGUGACCAUGUUUAUGGGAAUUUAGGGACUAACGGAGGAGGUUACGCAGAAUAUGCUCGAGCAGAAGAGUCAAUGUUAGCUAUCAAACCAACGAAUUUAACGAUGGAAGAAGCUGCGUCAAUUCCAUUAGCUUGUGAAACAAGUUAUGAAGCGUUAUUUCAACGAUGUUCAUCACCAGUUGGGAAAGGAACAAAAUUAUUCAUUUGUGGCGGCGGUUCAGCAACAGGGCUGUUUGCCAUUCAAUUAGCUAAAGCCGUUGGAGCAUUCGUUGCUCUUACUUGUUCACAAAGAAAUCUUUUCCUCAUUGAAAAGUUAGGUUAUGAGAUUAUCCGAAAUAAAUCCGAAUGGAUCAAUAUGGACAAUCAGAUCUUAGUCAUCGAUUACAAAGAAAAAGAUUUCGGCGAAGAAUUGCAAGGAAAUGAUUACGAUAUCGUUUGCGAUUGUGUUGGAGGACAACAGAAUUGGAUAUCUGCGCAGCGUAUUCUUAAACGCGGUGGCGAUUUUAUUACAUUUGUUGGUGACGAUCCAAAUCCUGUUCUUUCAUUAACAUGGAUCGUUCAUACUGCUGCAAAUCUACUUAAUCGAAAAUUCUGGUCAGUUUUCGGCUCUGAACGCCACAAAUAUUUCAUGCAUGUUCACAGUCAAACACCGGAGAAUCUCGAUGAUUUACGAUUGAAUUAUUUUGAAAAUGGGAAAGUUAAACCCAUUAUCGAUAAAGUAUACGAUUGGAGAAAAGAUGGAAUCGAAGCAUUGUAUUCUGCUUAUGAACGAUCUCGAAAUCGAAUGGCACAAGGAAAGUUAAUAUUAAAAAUUGCCGACGAAAAUUCUAAAUAA